AUGCUUAUGUCUUUCGGGAAGGGUUUGAAAACAUGGGAGGUCGUUGACAGGUGGUUGUGGUCCUUAAGAUGUGGAGAGUCCGCGACUAUUUCUAUAAGCGAAAAGAAUGGCUUCAGAUCGAGGGGGACUAGUCUAUCUUCAAGGUUCAGUCCGUGCUUGCCGGAGGUAGAGGAGUUCAGAAAAUUGGUCAAUAACAGUGACCCUUACGUCCGGAAGUACGGGGAUAUAGGGCCUUUGUAA